CGAGUGUCCACUCAACCUCUACCACACCACCAACGAAACUCACAAACCAAUCACCAUGAAAUUCUUGCUGAUUGUCGCUUUAGCUAUGACCGUAAUGUGCGAGGAAGUUAAGAAGACCGAAAAACGAGGUCUCUAUGGUCUCGGAUACGGGUAUCGCGGUCUCGGCUACGGGGACCACGGCUACGGCGGCAAUCUUCUAGGCUACUACAGCGCUCCACUCUACGGCGGGUAUUACGGAUACAAUGGCUACGAUGGCUCGGUAUACGGCAGCGGUCUUGAUGGAUACUCCGGUUACGGUGGAAACGUCGGUUACUACGGCGGUGUACCCUACAAAUAUGGAUACAAUGGGUACGGAAGUGGGUACAGCGGUCUCGGUGGAUACGGUGGUCUCGGUGGAUACGGCGGGCUCGGGUACUACCGGUAUCAUUAAGCAAGUGUAUGUUUAAAGUAUUGAGAUGUAAGGAGCUAUCAAAAAUGUAUAUAAAUCUUUAACUUUUACUAUCGCUUCUUUUGUCUCUAGUUGUUGAUGUUGCAACGAAUUUGUUGAGCUUUUGUAAAUAUAUAAUAAAACUAUACAUUUUAAA